AUGGCCUCCAUGGGCUUCGCUGAGCCAACCCUCCUCGAACUUGUUCCGACUCUUGUGGGUGAGUCCAACUUUUCUACGUGGACUACUUCACUCAAGUGGACCCUCGACUCGCGCGACCUUCGAUAUUACGAACUUCUCACUGGCGCCUGGGGCGAACCCCGGGCAGUCGACCCCACACAGCCUACUCCUAUCGAAGUCGAGGCUUGUACCCAGUGGAAUACUGCCAGUCGUUACCUCCUCCCGCUACUCAACGCCACGGUCCACCAGACGAUCAAGUUCUACAUUCUCGACGCCAAUAAUGCACGCACUGCAUACGCCAACCUCCACCGCGCCUUCGCAGCCCGGUCUUACGAAGCUGGCUUCUCCAAUUUCCUUAGGUUUAUGAACACCACGUACACUUCCAACAGGCCUCAGGCAUUCGUCAACGAGUGGCGUAUGGCCCUCGGCGAGCUCCAAGAGUGCAAUUCGACAAAGCUCACGCCUCUUCUCAUCUUUUACCAUUUCUUGAACGCCGUCAGCGUCAACACAGCCGUACACCCAUGGCUCGACAGCUUCCUCAAUUCGAAAGUCUCCACCGAUACAACUAUUGAAGCAACCUUUGCGGACUUUGUCGUUUCCGAGGACCGUCGCCUCAACACUCUCAAUCAAGCUCACAACUUUAGCUUAGCUAAGGUUAAUCAUCUGCCGUUCUUUUGUCAGUUCCAUAACCGCCAAGCCGGUCAUUCCAGUGAGAACUGCUUCCGGAACCCAGCCAAGCAACUCCCUUUGGAUCAAGUGGAUAUGGCUCCAGUUGCAGCUCCUGCUAAACGUACAGUCACAGAAGAUCUGCCUGCACAGUAA